AUGAGGGAUAUCUUGUCUAAGAGGAGGAGUUUAAAGGGGGUUGAUGAGACGGUAAUGUUGACAGAAGAGUGUAGUGCUAUCUUGCAGCGUAAGAUGCCAAUGAAAAGAAGAGACCCCGGAAGUUUCACUAUUCCGGUGGAGGUUGAAGGGAUGGCACAAGUAGAAGCACUUUAUGAUUUGAGGGCGAGCAUCAACUUGAUGCCGCUUACCAUGUUUGAGAGGUUGGAUCUAGGAGAGGUGACACCAACAAUGCUUUCUUUACAAAUGGCGGAUCGGUCCCUCAAGACACCAUAUGGGAUUGUGGAGGAUGUUAUGAUGAGGGUGGACAAGUAUGUGUUCCCCGUGGAUUUCGUUGUGCUUGACAUGAAAGAAGAUGAGAAGAUUCUGCUCAUUCUUGGCACCUUUCUUAGCUACUGGUAG